CAUGCGCAGUAGCAGCAUUAGAGGCGAGGCGGAAGAGGCAAAAUGGCGAAAAAGAGUUACGAUUACCUCUUCAAACUGCUUCUUAUAGGAGAUUCCGGGGUUGGAAAGACGUGUAUACUUUUCAGAUUCUCAGAUGAUGCUUUCAAUACAACUUUCAUCUCGACCAUAGGAAUCGAUUUCAAGAUCAAAACCAUUGAAAUGAAGGGGAAAAAGAUCAAGUUACAAAUAUGGGAUACCGCUGGCCAGGAAAGAUUUCAUACCAUCACAACGUCUUAUUACAGAGGAGCAAUGGGUAUAAUGUUGGUUUAUGAUAUCACUCAAGAAAAGACAUUUGAAAACAUCUCAAAGUGGCUAAGAAACAUUGAAGAGCAUGCAAAUGAAGAUGUUGAAAAGAUGAUACUUGGAAAUAAAUGUGACAUGGAUGACAGGAGAAUAGUCAGUAGAGAAAGAGGAGAGCAGAUUGCAAGAGAACAUGGUAUUCGCUUUUUAGAAACUAGUGCUAAGACAAAUGUGAAUAUUGAGGAUGCAUUCUUCGCUUUAGCACAAGAUAUUCUUAAAAAACAACUGACCAAGGACAAUGAUGAGCCAUCCAACAACAUUCAUGUUCAGGAUUCAAAGGACCAAAAGAAAGGUUGUUGUUAAGUUAAAAUUCCUCUUCCAUCAUCCAGAAGAAUAGAAAAAAUCCUAAUAACCCACAAUUCUAUUGGGUGGUAAAURUUCUGACUGUCCUUAUUGCCUGGUAUUAUGGAGUGUAUUAGAUGAAUAUAGCACUCAAUUGUAAUGCAAAAUUGAUCUCAUUAGAUUAUAGAGGAAGAGGCCUUUAAAGCCAAAAGUAAUAAUUAUGCUCCAGUUCAUGGUAAAACUAAAAGAUAGCGAUCAUUUUUUAGUCUCAUUUGCUGCCAUUUCAUUUUGCUCUCGUUAGUUCAUUCGUACAUUUAAAUUUCGUUUUUCGCCCAAGUUAUUUGAACAUUUAAUCUUGAGUCAUGACAUUAAUGGCUGCAGAUGAGGCUAAGAUUCCUUAGAAACAUUCGGUAAAAAUUAUAUUGGAGGAAAAAUUUAACCUUUGACCUCAAUCACAGGAGUUUAUGUUUAUUAAGGAGGUUUUAAAGCUAGGGGGACUCAUAAGAGACAAUGUGGAUGAUUCUAAAGAUAAAAAGAAAAAAAACUUGAACGAAGUCAGACAAACAGUAGUACUAUUCGUUUUGUUUCUAGAUAAUAACCCCAAAUACACAACUACUAUUUAUAUUUUUUCACAGUAUAAUAGCUAAUGUAUUUUAUGGUUGUUGUUCAGAAGUGGGGCUAAAAAUAAUGGCUGGUCAGGGACGAUGUCUAUCCAGAAUUGUCACUUGUCUGGCCAAAGACCUCUGGUGCUCUUGCCUGGUCAUCCUAACUGGUCACAUGUUGAUCAGUCAGAUGUGAUCAGUCAUUAAGCAGCCAUUACUUUUAGCCCUGAGUAGUGAAAAUGAACACUUCAUCUUUGUAUAUGCUUUCAUAUUAUGACUAUUUCUCUUAUUAGCUAUAAGGUACUUGGUAAUUAAUAUAGAAUGGUCUGGUCUGGGUGAAAAUUGGAGCUAUCUGAUUAUACCCUAAAAGUUUGGAAUCUGGAAGUCCAAAUCAGCAUUCCAGAACAAUUUUUCCUCCAUGAAUGUUUUGGAAAUUGGAUUUAUGUAGAAGUUUGCUUAACUCCUUACUUCUCUUUGCUUUACUCCUCUCUCCCAGUAUUCCUUUGGCCCUAGAGGAGUAGUAUUGAUGUUAAUCUCCUACCUGGACCUCACACUUGUUCAAUGUAAACCCCUGUAUCUUGAUUUUCUAGUAUUCUCAAGAUGAAAGGUUAAUAGAAGAUUUGGCCAUCGUUUUGGAUAAGAUGAAAAUUUCAACCAAUAGUCUGUCAAUGUUUCAUAUGGGGCCUAAAUAAUUGACAGYGGAGAUCUAGGUGGUUUGUGCUUGGUAUUGCAUAUGCAUCUGUAUUAUCUCAUAUGAUAAUACUUUCCCACCCUUCCCUCCCCAAAAAUAGGUUUGUCAUGUGAAUACACUUCGAUCAUGUUUAUAUCUAAAGCAAGCAAUAAAAGUUUAAAGGGUGAUUUUUUCCUUUCAUAUAAGUAUUUCAUUGUAUUUUUGCCAUUUAGAUAGUCAUUUAYGUAAUUACCAUGGCUAAUGGGUUAUAGUAUCAAGAGAAUUGUAUUUAAAUUAAUUAAUCAAAUCUCUAUUUUGCUUUGUAUUGAUGUACCAAUUGAUGUUGUACAAGUUACGCACACUAAAGACGACUGUCCACCGCGAAACCAAAGUGUGUUAAUGAGUUUUUUAAUAAAUAGGUAUUAAAAUAAGAGAAAUGUCAUU